CCUCCCUGGCCCCGCCCACCACGACCCCCUACCUAUAAAAGGCCCCGCCUGCUGCGGACCCCUGUAGAGGAGGCUCCGGCAAGGGAGGCGGAGGAGGAAGCGCAAAGUUGUGAGAGUGUAAUUUGUCUCCAGUUGACGAAGAUGCAUUCUUCAAAACCCAGGCUUGUUGUUCCAUAUGGCCUCAAGACUUUACUCGAGGGAGUGAGCAGAGCGGUUCUCAAAACCAGUCCAAGCAAUAUCACUGAGUUUGCAGCUCUCUACUUCAGAGAGCUAAUUGCAUUUAGAGAAGAAAAUCCCAAUUUGGAUAUAACAGACCUGGUUAGAGAAUUUCAUUUCACCAGAGUAGAGGGCUGGACUGAUAGACUGCCAGAAAAGAGAGCUGACCUUGGAGACAUAAGUGUAGUGUCUCCACUUUCUGAGGAACCAAAACGAAAGGAAAAAUCCACAGACACAGAGGAGGACCAGUUGCACGAAGGCCCUGAACCUGAAUACAGCAGCAAAACUACACAAUACCCAUCGACUCACUGUGAACUUGCAGAAAAUGAACCAUCCCCUACGGGACCUGAAUCAUCCCCUAAGGGACCUGAACUUGCCUAUGUCCCAGCUGAUCCUGCACAGCUUGCUGCACAGAUGUUAGGUAACACUGAUUCUGUUCCUUCUAUGAAGGAUGUGGCAACAAGUGUGCAAUCUUUACCUGAACUGUCUCUGAGCUCAGUGGACACAACAGCUGCACCAGUAGAAGGUGCUGCUGAAGAUGCUACGCUUACCCCAGCUGCUGAGGGUUCUGCAGAGUCUGUUAGGUUGGAGUCAGCGGUUCAGAGUCAGGCCUCCAUUGUCCUAGGGUCCUCCAGCAGUCAGGCUGAACAAGCAACAAGUGAUGUAGAUCAAGCUUCCUCAACCCCCUUGCAGGAUGAACCACCACCACCUGCUCCUCCACCACCUCCUCCUCCACCACCACCUCCUAAAGAUCGAUUACAGGCUGUGCCUUCCCAAAGCGAAAUUGAGGUUACAUCAACCAUUCAGGCUAUGCCAAUACAUACUGAUGAUGAGCUCGCUACUGAAGGAGAGGUUCCACCUUACAUAGAGCAGUUCCCGCAGCAAAUAGUCAUUCCCUUUUUAGAACAAGUAGCUUGUCUAAUAGAAAUUCAGCAGCCACUAAUGCCUUCGCUAAAUGCAGGUCAGUUUACAUGCACUAAGCUCUUAGAUCCAUCUGCAGAUGAUGCAGAAUGUGACCCUGAAAGAAUGGAAACUACAGCGCAAAUGGCAUCAGCUGAGCAAGGUUUUAUUAUGUCAGCAAUGGCAACAACCGAAGCAGGACAACCACCACCAUAUUCUAAUGUGUGGACUCUCUAUUGUCUAACUGAUUUGAGCCAACAAGGUCGAAAGUCACCACCACCCCUUCCUCCUGCUGGAACUGGUGCUCCUUAUCCCCAAGCAACCCUCUAUAUAUCUAGUGGGAAGGAGCAACCACCAUUCCUACAACAGCAGCUGACAUCACAAGGUCCACCACCACAAGUAUCCUCUCCAACUUAUGUGAUGAUGGAAGAAGGCAAGAGGGGAAAUGCACCACCUUUCAUUUUAGUGGGCUCUACAGUUCAGAAUGUACAGGACUGGAAGUCUAUUCCUGGCCAUGCGGUCCUUACACAGCAUGACACAAGUGCUGUGAGGCGAUUCACUACAGUACCCGUACCAGUUGCCAGGCCAGCAGAUCUGAAAAUGGCCACUCCAAACCCCAAUUCUAAUUCUGCACAAGAAACUGCUAGACCACCAACCCCCGUUUUUCUUUCAGUUGCCAUACCCUUAGACGAGGUAAUGUCUGCAAAGAGGGGCUCAGCAGCUGGUGAUAAACAAGCAGGCAUAAAUCCCUUUGCAGGAAGCUAUGGUAUAGCAGGAGAGAUUACAUUUACUUCUGCCCCGGUCCGCAGAGCAGACUCGUGAGAAGCUUGAGAGGAGAUGAUGUCAUGUGAACACCCCAGGAUCGAAAUCUGCAUCUUAAAAUAAAUUAACUUAAUACAAGCACUCAAAACUAAUGCAAUCCAUUAGAAUGCCUUUUUGUAUUCUGCCAAGGCUCUGGAAAUGCAAACAGAUUAUUGAAGAUACAUAUAUAAUGAAGCAUCCAUGGGGGUGGGGAAAAUCAGCAGCAGCACAGGCAAUAACCAAAAGCAAAACCAAAUGCCUCUGCUCCAGGGGGGAAGUAAUGUCUGAGCCCCCUUAGAGAUGUUUAGUUAAGACAAGUUGAUCAUGUAGUAUUGUGUAAACAUACAUCCAAAACCCCCUCAAUUUCACACUAGUUCCAUGCAAUCCCUUUCCAGCG